AUGAGAAACGUGAUAAAAUGGGCGAUCGGCAUCGGCUGUGCCUGUGCAGUUGGCUUGGCUAUCGGCCUGGGGGUUGGGCUCAGCGGCGGUUCUGAUGAAGCUGAUCCUCCAAUGCGCGAGGGCGGAUUCAAGGUCGAAACGGAAAAUGGCCCUGUUAUCGGUUUCGAGUGGGACCCCAAUGAGAAAAUGGAAGGCGUCUGGGCAAACAAACAGCACAAUUCCGUCAGCUUCAAGGGCAUUCCAUACGCCCAGCCGCCCGUCGGCAACUUGCGAUGGCGACAUCCACGACCCGUUGAAUCCUGGGAAAAGCCAAUUGAAGCAAAGAACUUCCGAUCUAUUUGUCCACAAAAAUGCCAUGGUCCACCGGGAAGUUGUGACAUCAGCGAAGAUUGUCUGUAUUUGAACGUCUAUGUCGAAAAACGAACUUUGCCGAGCGCGAAUGUUCGGGAUGGACGAAAAGUUCCCGUUGCGAUUUGGUUCCAUGGUGGGGCUUUUGCUUGGGGUUCAGGAAGCUCGCCACUGUACGAUGGAAAGUUCAUCACGGAACGAAUGGAUAUGGUCGUCGUUACAGUCAACUACAGACUCAGCGCUUUCGGCUUUUUGGCCCUCGAAAUGAACGAAGACGAGCGAAGCCAUGCGAACGUUGGCUUUGGCGAUCAGCAGCUGGCCGUCGAGUGGGUCCGUCAAAACAUCGAGCAGUUCGGAGGAGAUAGCGAGAAAAUUAUGAUAUUUGGUCAAUCUGCUGGGGGAGUGUCCACGACGCUGCAUCUACUCGAGACUCCGGGCAUCAACUCUGUAAACAUCCACUCAAAUCCACUCGCCAUUCCCGUCAAGGAACACUGGGAGGGACAACGGCAAUUCCAGCAGUUCGCGGAGCUCGCUGGCUGCUACGAUUCUGACGAUCGAAUGGGCUGCCUUCGAAAGAUUCCAAUGUACAACAUCACUCACGAUAUCGUCCCAAAUAUGCCCACAAUUCAUUCUCCCCGCCUUCUCCUUGCUGCGAUGCCGUUUUCUCCCGUCAUCGACCACGUGAUCAUCAAGAAGCAGCCUUACAUCAAGCUCAUGGAAGGCGACUACGACCAGUCCCGGAACAUCAUGAUUGGAAAUACAGAGCAUGAAACAGAAAUCUUCAUCCGUUCAAUCUGGCCAAAAGGACCAAUCAAUGGUGCAACCUACGAACUUGCAGUAAGAGCGAUCAUCCAGCAUAACGAAACUGCUGAUGCAUUUUUGGAACAAUAUCCAGCUGCCUGCAAGGAAGACAAGCCAAGUGGGAAGUCUAUUUCAGUUGAAGAUUGCAAGAAGGGGCUUUGUGAUGCUCUCGGCCUCGAAGGAGUUGCUUGUUCAGCUGUUGAUGGCACUUUGACAACACUUUGUGAAGCAGUUAAUACGAAUCUUCCUUGCAUUGGCGAUGAUGGCCCAGAUGAGCGAGAUACCUUUGAAGAGCCCGGAACUGAAUGGAUUUUCUCUUGUCCGACCAAUCAGAUUCUUCAAAAAGCAUCCAAGCCAACUUAUCGGUGGCACUUUCGAGCUCCAAUGAUUGCAGAUAUCUCCCAAGUUGGUGGUUUUCAAGGAAUUCCUGACACAGAAUCAAGAGUUCCAUCUUUCAAGUCCGCUCUUUUGGGUAAAAUCGGCGGUCAGAAUCGGGAAGCAGGAGCGGAUGAGUAUGAAAAUUGCAAAUAUAUGAGUUGCCAUGCGGCUGAGCUCAGUUACAUAUUCGCAAUUGAGGAACAGUUUGACUGCAAAAAAUUCGAUGAAAUUCACGGCGACGACCAAAAAUUUAUCGAAUGUGAUGAAAAUAACAAUGUUUUGCCUUACGGAAUGACUUCUGAAAACAUGCAGCUUUUGGAGCGAUUCAUGAGCCGCUACUGGGCGAAUUUCGCCCGAACUGGCGAUCCAAAUGACUCCACUGGCGCUCAAUAUUCCGAAGAGCAAAAAGCACAAUACGAAAAAGACGGGUCUCUCCCGAAAUGGGAUGCGUUUGGCAACGAGCUGACAACUCUGCAUCUCGGCUACAACACAAGAACCCCUGGCUACACUGGAAAUGACGAUCAGCUGAUUGUCGAGGAGAAAAAUUGGAAGAAGGAUAUUUGCGAAUUUUGGGACUCGUUGGAUAUUUAUGCCAAUCACUGA